UUAAAACAAACGAUAGUCAGGCCCAACUCUGUGUGUUUGUGCGCGCAGGUUCGUUUUUGGUGCCCAAAUCCAUUCAAAAUACUGGACCGGUUUCCAAGUGUCUCCCUCUCCACUGGCCAGUUAACGCUAUCCGCGAUAAAUCGGCGAUAUCGAUCCAUAUGAAAACGUGACCAGUCAGUUAGACGAGCGCGCGCUAGUGGAUCGGCCAUGUGUUUCCCCGUGAGCAGUAGCGUCUGCCUUUUGCCGAUCCUUUCCUUGACUCUCGUGUGGUUCUGCCAAGGUGCUCCUGUGCUUGGACCGGGUAUAGAAGUUCUUCCGGCAGCAUUCUCGAGCGGAGAUGAACCAAGUUAUGUGGUGGUGAAUGAUAAUGAAAGAACGUCUUCAGAACCACUACCGGUACGAACGGUAUUAUUAAGGUCACAACAGGAGGAGACCACAACCCAGCGAACCUUGGCACCGGCUGUGUAUCAGCAGCCGGUCCAACCCCAACCUCAGCCGGUCCAAGUUCAGUACCAGCAACCGCAGCCUCAGCCCCAACCCCAGCCCCGAGUGAUUCAGUACCAACAACCCCAGGUCCAGUACCAACAACCCCAGGUCCAGUAUCAACAACCGCGACCAGUUCAGUACCAGCAACAGCAGCCAGCGUAUGUACCGGCGACACCGUACUAUCAGCCGCAACCUGUCCAGUAUUCACAGCCAUCAUCAAUUGCGUACUCACCCUACAGCAAUCAGCCGGUCCGCGGCGCUAAUCCACGACCCGAGUCGCAAUCUUCCUCUACCGGUUUCCUCGGUUCGCUUGCACGACUGUUCGGUAUCGACAGUGGAGCAAGCUCACGAAGCUCUUCGUCCUCCAGUACGUUGGGACUUUUGGGCAGUGCCCUGGGAUUGGGAUAGAAGGAGCUAUCCAUACCGGACCCGAAGCCGGAUUGGCCCGACGCGUAUAUGCUGCCUGUGAUGAGAGGGAUUCUCUUCCUUGUUUCGCUUCGUCUUCUACCUGCCCAACAAAAGUGCAAAUCGUUCAUUAUGCUAUCAUCGAACAUAUCUGUUUUACGAUGCGCUUAAGAUUUCGUUGAGGGUAUUAGGUUGUUCGGAUUCUAGUGAAAAGUGAAUACGUAUGAAUCCUUUGUUGGUCGACAUAAUUGUUAGCGAUACUUAAAUAAAGAACAAAAACUACUUACCAAAAA